CUUCCCUCUCCCCGUCCCCACAUUUUCAUUGUUUUACAUUUCUUAUUAUAUCUUUUUUCCCUAUUAAAUAGUGACAUCUUUUAUUAGAACCGUGGAACCACGGAACUUAACGGCAGCGUCAAGAAUCCAGCUACAAAGAAGGGAGUCUACAGGUCUGCAGCUUGCACGCAGAACUACAACCAAUCUAGCCACUGUUUGGGGUUUCUUUCCUCCCGCAAAUCUGCAACAAGGAGCAGUCAGAAGAAGCAGGCCCUUGAAUCGCUGAGUGUUUGAGUCUUGUCUGUCUUCCUUUAUCUCACCCUAAAUACCCGAAUCUUCCUCGAAAUGGGGUUACAGGGCGCCUCCGCCCCAACUCUUCCCAAAGCCCUUGUCUCCUGUCCUUGCCUACAGUCUAGAUGAGAGGGCGGCUCCGAACGAAUAGGGAAUAGAGUGACUGGGAUGGGGGCAGGCGGGGGAGAUGCCAGGGUUCGGAGGCGAAGGGCUGGAGGGGGAGGGGGGCGUGGAGAGAAGGACCUGCGCUCGGCGCGGGCUUCGUGCCCCCGCAAUGUCCUCGGCGUCCACCAGAAGGCGCCCCAGCGCUCGCCUUCCCCGCGAGUAGCCGGAUCCUCCGCCGCAACCAGCCCGGGAGCUGAGCCGCGCGUCACCGCGAACUGAAGAGCCGGGCGGCGGCCCGACCUCUCCCGGCCCAGCAAGUGGAACAGGGCCGCCUCCAGCCCCAUGAGGACCCCCAGGCCGGAGCUGAGAGCCUGGCGCAGCCCGGACCGAAAUCUUGCGGCGGCCUCAGAGCGUUAGACAGGAUGCGGCUGGGCCGCCGGGCCCUCUGUGUGCUGGUCCUACUGCUGGCCUGCGCCUCGCUGGGGCUCCUGUACGCGAGCACCCGGGUCGCACCGGGCCUCCAGGCACCUCUUGCGCUGUGGACGCCCCUGCAGGGCAACCCCAGGCCAGAAUUGCCAGGUCUUGCCCCCGAGCCCCGGUACGCACACAUCCCAGUCAGGAUCAAGGAGCAAGUGGUGGGGCUGCUGUCCACAAACAAUUGCAGUUGUGAACCCAGUGGGGGGAGCCUUCACCUCCCCUUCCAGAGGCAGGUCCAAGCCAUUGACUUCACCAAGGCCUUUGACUCUGAGGAGCUGAGGGCUGCGUCUGCCUUGAGGGAGCAGGAGUUCCAGGCCUUCCUUUCAAGGAGCCAGUCUACUGCUGACCAGCUGCUCAUAGCCCCUGCCAACUCCCCACUACAGUACCCCCUGCAGGGUGUGGAGGUCCAGCCCCUCAGGAGCAUCUUGGUGCCAGGACUGAGCCUGCAGGCCACUUCUGGUCAGGAGGUAUACCAGGUGAACCUGACUGCCUCCUUGGGCACCUGGGACGUGGCAGGGGAAGUGACUGGAGUGACUCUCACUGGAGAGGGGCAGCCAGAUCUCACCCUCGCCAGCCGAGGGCUGGACCAACUCAAUCGGCAGCUGCAACUGGUCACUUAUAGCAGUCGAAGCUACCAGGCAAACACAGCAGACAUAGUCCGGUUCUCUACCGAGGGACACGAAGUUGCCUUCACCAUACGCAUAAGACACCCACCCAGCCCUCAGCUGUACCCACCUGGGUCUCCACCCCUGGGAGCCCAGUACAACAUCAGCGCUCUGGUCACCAUUGCCACUAAGACCUUCCUUCGUUACAAUCGGCUACGGGCACUCAUCGCCAGCAUCCGCCGCUUCUACCCGACAGUCACAGUGGUAAUCGCCGACGACAGCGACAAGCCAGAGAGUGUUAGAGGUCCCCACAUCGAGCACUAUCUCAUGCCUUUUGGCAAGGGCUGGUUCGCAGGCCGGAACCUGGCCGUAUCCCAAGUAACCACCAAGUACGUGCUGUGGGUGGACGACGACUUCGUCUUCACGGCGCGGACACGACUGGAGAGGCUUGUGGACGUGCUGGAGCGGACGCCGCUGGACCUGGUGGGGGGCGCGGUGCGCGAGAUCUCCGGCUUCGCCACCACCUACCGGCAGCUGCUGAGCGUGGAGCCCGGCGCGCCAGGCCGCGGGAACUGCCUCCGGCAGAAGCGCGGCUUCCACCACGAGCUCGUCGGCUUCCCAGGGUGCGUGGUCACCGACGGCGUGGUCAACUUCUUCCUGGCGCGCACUGACAAGGUGCGCGAGGUUGGCUUUGACCCGCGCCUUAGCCGCGUGGCGCACCUGGAAUUCUUCCUGGAUGGACUUGGUACUCUUCGGGUGGGCUCCUGCUCAGACGUUGUUGUGGAUCAUGCAUCCAAGUUGAAGUUGCCUUGGACAUCAAGGGAUGCUAGCGCAGAGACUUACGCUCGAUACCGUUACCCGGGAUCACUGGAUGAAAGUCAGGUGGCCAAACACCGCCUGCUCUUCUUCAAACACCGGCUCCAGUGCAUGACCUCAGAGUGACGGCCACUCAGAGCCUUCCAACUGUCAGGCUGGGCCUACCUCCUUGCCCCUGCCAGGAAUAUCUAGCAAACCCACCAGCCAGUGACCACUCCACUGACUGUCCCCAAUCUCCUUCAGAACUUGAUCCCAAAUAGGGGCUUGUCCUGGUGACAUUCCUCCUUUCUGCGAGUGCCCAGGGGCAUGAUGGAGCCAUAACUCAUCCCACAGCCAGUGCCAAGUCCUCCCCCCACCCCCUUCACAUAGGGCAGGAAGUGGGGGGUUGCUUUCCAAGUGCCAAAGAGCCCAUGGGGACUCUAAAAACCUAAAGCGGAAACACUCUCAUCUCCUGGGGACCAAGGGGGUGGGGAAGCCCCCAGUAUAUACUCCCAGGGCUGGGCCUCCCUCGCAUCCCUGGAUCCAGGACUCUGUGCAGCGACUGCAGCCCCACCCCAUG